AUGGACGGCUGGAGAUCUAGAGAGAUCUUGAGAGAUCUUGAGCAGAUUCAGCUGAAGAGGUGUGGGCCGGCCGGCACGGAGAUGGUUUCCGCGUCGAAGGUCGAGCGUUCACGUGACUCUCCUGGGGGGACCGAGGACCGGUCGGGAAUGAUUCAGUCGUCGAGGUGGUGCUGUGUUGAGCAAAACUUUUGGCCUCCCGGGGGGGGCCGGCGCGGGCGCGGCGGUGAUGAUUUCCACGUCAGGGUCGGGCGGCUGGGCCCCGAGACCGGUUCGACGUUGCUGAGUGAGCCAAGGACGUUCCGGACCGGCGCGGGGACCCGGGGUGGUUUCCUCGUCGGCUCAAGGUCCGGAUCGACCGGAUGCACAUCUCUGUCGGUGGGUGGGGUGAAGUGGAUCUUGCAGGGUGAUUCGGUUCAACGUCCCGAUGAGCUCCAUCCAGCUGAAGAUGUUGACCGACUCACCGAUGGAAUCCAUGUCGGAUCCAUGCAUGCAUGCACAUGCCGACGUAGACACCACAUCUGUCUCCCUGCUUCAGUGCGCGGGCGAGGCGUCGUGGUCCAUACCCGCCGGGGUCGGCCCUCCGAAGGGAUAUUGUCGGAUGAGGUCGCCCCUGUUCCCGCCCCUGUUCCGUCAUAUCCUCUCCCCCCCCCUUCAAGGCCAUUCGGUCUCAGCUCAGUCGACGGGGAGAAGCGCUGCGGCCAAGGCGGCGGUGGGGCCCAGUUUCAAUCCGGCCCAUACAAAUCGGUUCCCCCGACACGGAUUUUCGAGGUAGACAAUUGUCAAUAUGCCGAGGAAUCUGCUGCAUACUUCUAUGGCGCCAAAAUUGGCUGCGAAUACCCCAACGGAGAUGGAAUCCGUUACCACGACCUCCAAUCGUCGCUUAAAAAAGCAAGACACUCAACAAAAUCCCUCCUUGUACAACAUAUAGCCCGAGCUUCAGUGAUCGGUCUUAAACAAAUUCUCCCAUCAAGUGAUUCGUAUAUUGCCGCUGUUUUUGACACAGUGAAAAAUAGAGAUUGCACCCUGGAGAAACGGAAGAAAACCCCUUUUAAAGCUGACAGCAAAGUGGUGAACCUCACUGUCAUGCCCUUUGCGGAGAAGGUUAUCACCUGGAUCAUCACUGGGGGUUACAACGACUCAGUUGACCUUGUGGGUAAAACUCUCAAGCAACGCUUCCGAGAACACGACCCAAAGAUUGUGUUCCAAAUCCGUGUUGCAGCCAUUACCCGUUACAGAAUACUGAAUGGACAAUUUAUGGCCGUCUUCUCAAGCCCCCCACCCUGGCUGGGAAAACAAUUGGUAGUUGGUAAGGAGACUCGACUACUUACAGCAGAAGCACCAUUCAAAUGCCGUUUCUGUAGUCAGAGUGGGCACUCAAUUCAUAACUGUACUGAGGCAACUGAUUUUGGGACUGGAACCGAAAUUAUGGUCAAGAUACGACGGUCCCCCCCCCUCGAGACUUGGCAGACCGGGGCCUUAAACACGCAUGUUGACGAAGACAACGUGAUGGAGGAGGUAUCCAUCACGACCAGUGAACCCGAUGUCACCGCUGGCAAUCACGAAGAUCCUGGCAACAGUGCCUAUGGAUGGGAGUCGAUCAAAGAAGAGACGAUGUCAGUCUGUAUGAGAGGCCUGUGA